ACAGUGAGCCCUGCUGGCCCGGCGUUGCCCGUCAGGCGGCGACUCCUACACAACCCAACCCCCUCUCCUCCUCCGUUCACACCAGCGCGCUGCCACCACACAGCCUUUCAGCUGGUGUCCCGUGGAGCAACCUAAGGCCGGAUGGUCAAGAUCUCCCUCCAGCGCAUUUUGAAUAGUCACUGUUUUGCUAGAGAAAAAGAAGGAAACAAAAUGCCCUCCAUGACGUUUAGUAGUAAUACUAGUACCGAAAGCUCCAGGAUGUCCUCCACUUCCUGUCGUAACCCUGGUCCGGGGCCUCUGUGGUGUUCCGAUGUCCCUCACCCACCCUUGAAGAUCCCAGGUGGGCGAGGGAAUGCUCAAAGGGAUCACAAUCUUGCAGCUAAUGUACUGUAUUCAGAUAAUCGGUUGAGUGUAACAGAAGAUUUGAGUGCAAGCAGCAGGACUAAAAUACUUCACUUCCAGUCCAAGCUUACUGAUACAAGAAUUGUUCACUGGAGAACUGUACUGAACAACAACAAUCUGUAUAUUGAACUCCCAGGUGGGGCAUUGCCUGAAGGAAGCAAAGAAAGCUUUACCAUCCUGCUUGAAUUUGCUGAAGAACAUCUUCACGUUGAACAUGUCUUCAUUUGCUUCAACAAGAACAGGGACGAUCGAGCUCCACUACUUCGCACAUUUAGCUUUCUUGGCUUUGAGAUUGUGAGACCUGGGCAUCCCCUUGUCCCAAAAAGACCAGACGCUUUCUUCAUGAUGUAUACAUUUGAAAGAGACUCAUCUGAUGAAGAAUAAACGUGUGCUUUUAUCUUAGCGCUUUGAUGUUCUGGGGUUUUAUUUUGUUUCAUCCAUGAAGGUGUAUUAGUGAAAUUCUGUCAUAGGGCAUCGCAGCCUCUGGAGAAUCGUAAGGUUCAGUGGUUGAUUAGAUAAUUUCACUUGUACUGUAUCUCUAUUUGCAUGUUAUGAUUAUAGCAAAUAAAUUGCUUGCCAUGAAAUUAACUGCAUACUUUUUUUAGUUUUGAAGCUAAUGUUGCAAUAAUAAAAUUUAUUUUACUGUUGAAUUGUUUAUCUUGGACUGAAUGCAAGUUUGCUCAUCUGUUUUUGUGUUGUUGAAAUUAGUUGACAUUUAAUGGGUUUUCACUUGAUUAUUAAACAAUUUCAGAUGGU